GUACAGUAUAUUCUAUAUAUAUGCUGUCUGACCAUUUGUAAACUAAAAUGUGUCACACAGAGUAAAUGAAACCACAAUAAAUAAAACUGGUUAAAAAAUGUUUUUGGUAUUUUUAGUGAUUUUAUGGUUGUGGUGCUGCCUCAUGUCCUCUGUAGGGGGCGCCACCGCCCCUUGAUGAAGGAAGACCCUCUUUUAUUAAAUACAUCAGGUCUUUUUUCUGUUUUUUGACUUUUACCACCUUUGAUUUGUUACUUGCUCCUCAGAUGUGUGUGAAGAUGUAAAACAAAACACACAGAACAGUCCAACCACAGAGCAAACAGGCAACAAGGGAAACGUGUGAAGGUUCAAUCUGGGACGAGGAACUCAGAUAGUAAAAUGCCAGCGUGGCCUCAGUGGGAGGCCGAGCAGAUAGACGGAAACAAUAACAGCAUUCAGACACACGCCAACAGAAAUAGUCAAAUGAGGCGCCUCUUCUUCCUCUGACGGCUCACCUGAGCGGCAGCCGCUCACCUGCACGGCUCCGAGGAUGGAGAGGAGUCCGGGUUCUGGAGGCCUGAAGGACCUGGUUCUGAGGUGGUUCACCGAGACUCAGGCCCCCAGCAUCCUGCACCACGGGAGCUUCCCCAACUGGUUCCAAGGCCUGGCUGCCAGGAAGGAUGCAGAGGAUCUGCUGAGAGAUAAAGCUGUGGGCUGCUUUCUGAUUCGCCUCAGCGAUAAAGCCGUGGGCUACAUUCUGUCCUACAGAGGACACGACAGGUGUCGACACUUCGUCAUCACCCAGAACCAGGACGGACAGUUUGUGAUCUCAGGAGACAGCCAGACGUUCAGCAGCCUGCUGGAGCUCAUCGAGCACUACAAGGUCAGCCCCAUCCAGCCCUUUGGAGAGUACCUCACCUGCAGCUGCUACCAGGUGGACUCAGGUGAGCUCUACGACGUGGUCAACUCCAAGAGCAGUUCUGGAGUCAGUGUUCAGGCUCUGAGGUCCAUGUGGAGCCAGAAACCCGACCAUCAGGGCGACUCCGGACAGAACCAGAGGAUCCAGCAGCAGCACGAGGCUCCAUCAGCGCCGCCGCCGGCUUUACCGCCCAAAUCCAAAAACAGGAAGCUGACGGGGACGGUGUCUGCAGACGCCAUGACGCUGUCGCAGGGACUUCCUCCGGUGCCUAAACGAGGUCUUCCUCUGAGAUCCCUGAGUGGAUCUUUACCUGAGACGACUCAUCCGAACGAAACCGACUCCAGUCGUUCAGAGAGACUCAGAGGAAACCCGAAGCCGCCAUCGGACUCCAACGACUCAACCUUCCCAGGUGAUCUCUGCCCGGCCGGACUCACCUGUUCUGAGCCGACUCAGGUGGAGACCAGGAGUCUGUCUUUGCCCCAACUGGACCACAUGGAGGAAGAAGAGGAGGAGGAGGAAGAGUACUCUAACCGGCUCAGCAGCUCCUCCUUCAUGCCGAAGAGGGUCACCUGCCUCACCUUCUCGCUCGAUGAAGCUCUGAGACCGAAGCUCGAGAUGCCCAGUGCUGAUCUGGAGAGGUUCAACCCGCUGUACCAGUCCUCCGACGGGCCCAGAGGAGGUUCUGCCUCCCAGGGUGAAGGCAUGUACGCCGAGGUUCCCCAGGGGUCCACUGGGCCUCCGGACAACACCUACGAGCUGAUCCCAGGAGAAGCCACCGCCGCCGCCGCCGCUGCCGCCGCCACCGCCGCCGCCGCCGCCGCCGCCGUCCAGGGCAACACCUACGAGUCUCUGGAGGACCUGAAGACCAAGAAGUCGUUGGGCAAAAACAAUAUGAAAUGGAAAAAAUUUCUUCCUGAUUACAAGAAGAAAUAAAUGCAUGGAGUUCCUCAGGGCAGCGUCCUGGGCCUCCUGUUCUUCUUCUAUAUACAUAAAAGCUGCCUGCUCAACUUCUUUGAGAUGUGAAGCCACAUCUCUGGCCCAAAGACUGAAAAAACUAAAUGUCAUCUUGUAGUUUGUUUCAAAGGCUUUGAGGGAAGCUGUGAAACCAUCUUUAGUGAUGGAGCCUCUGCACUAGCUGCUCCGGAAAAUGAUCUGCUGAGACUUUAGAAACUUUUGCUGCUGAAGACAAACUUCUUCUCUUUAGCGUCUGAUCCAAAUAGAACUUAAUGCUGUAACUCCAUCUCUUCCUGUGACGUGUCCUUUAUUCUAAUUGUUUUAUUCUAUUUUUUUGUUAGU